AUGUUGAUCCACCUCCAGCAAUGCAAACACCACUGUAGGGUGUGUGUCGACCAGGGUGAAUAUUGUACGUCACAGUCAAGAGAGAGUGUUACCGAGUGGGACUAUAUUCUCACAGUGGUAGUUAAACUGAUCGACUUGUUCCAUUAUUAUUUUGAAAGCAUAAACAUUGUGGAUUUCAAUGAAAAUAACGGGGUGGGUCUCUCUCUGUGUGUUGAAGGGUUUGGUGUGGAAUUGAAAAGAUCAAUCCCACCACAGCUAUUGACAUGGAAGACUGUGGGAAAGAGUUCAGCACAGAAAAAAAAAUAUGAUAAAUCUUCUUCUUGGCUACUGGACCUCAUGACAACUCAUCUCUGA